ACCGGCAGUACCGCCACGAUUCUGCAGGAAGUUGCGAUUCCUUAUAUGAACAGCAGCACCUGCUUCGGGGCAAAACACUAUAAUUCGCUGAAAGCGCCAAAUUUGAUUUGUGCCGGAUUCGAGAGUGGAGGAAAAAGCACUUGUCAGGGCGACAGCGGCGGCGCGUUGGCAUGCCGUCACAAGGACGGCAAGUUUUAUGUGCACGGCAUUACCAGUUUCGGUGUUACGUGCGCCAGUGCCAAGCAUCCGCCUGCGUUUACACAAGUCACUCGCUAUUUGGAUUGGAUUAUUGCACACAUGAAAUGA